UUGCCUGAGACGCACACACAUACGUACACACAACACGCCUUUGCCUACAGCACGGCAACUUUCUGUAUCGGAGCUUCUCUGCCACACAUCUGUGUGCAGCCAUAGAGGACAAGCCAGACAUUAAGGAACAGAGGAAAAAUAAGGCAGAGAGAGGCAGCAAACGCUCUUUAAAUGGCCAACAUUGUGACGUCCUUCUGCUGUGUGGUGCUCGCAGCCGUGGUGGUGGUCUAUGCCCAAAGACGCAGCCAGCAAGGUGCCAGGAUUCAGUACGAGAGGAUAGGAAGUGAUGUCACCAUGCAGUGUGGCUCUCUGGACAACGACGCCUCAGUGACCUGGAAGGUGAACGGUUCGGACAUGAAGGCUCGCAGGCGGGAGGAGGGUCCGCGGCUCAUCCUUUUGAACGUGGAAAUGAGUAGCAACGGGGUGUACAGCUGCUUUCAGAAACCUGACGGUCAGCGCCGUGACCAGAUCAAUCUUCGUGUUGGACGUGCCAGGAUUCAGUAUGAGAAGAUAGGAAGUGAUGUCACAUUGCAGUGUGGCUCUUUGGACAACGACGCCUCAGUGACGUGGAAGGUGAAUGGUACGGACGUGAAAGCUCGCAGACAGGAAGAAGGACCUCGGCUGAUCCUGAUGAACGUGGACAUGAGUAGCAACGGUCUGUACAGCUGCUUCCAGAACCCUGACGGUCAGCGCCGUGACCAAAUCAAUCUCCGCGUUGGACUUCCACCGAAGGAACCGCAGGUGACAUGCCGAUCAAAUACCUACCCUAAAGGAUUCUACUGCACUUGGGAUCUUCAGCAUCCCCCAAACAUCCCUACAGACUACGAAGUUGAUGUCCAACACAACCAGAAGCCUUUGGAGGUGAAUAGAGAUGAGUACCAUAAAAACAGAUGCCAUGUGAAGUUUCCAGAAAUGUUCUCCAGCACGCCGUAUCGAGUAAAUGUCACGGCAGUGAACGCCCUGGGAAGAGCCUCCACAACUGUCAGCUUUGAAGAAUCAUCUAUAGUGAAACCGGACCCCCCUGAGAGGGUGGUGGCCAAACCUGUAGCCAAUAAUGCACGAAGACUGGAAGUGACCUGGAACAGCCCUUCUUCGUGGCCUGAUGUGGAAAGUUUCCCGCUCAAAUACUUUCUGCGCUACCGCCCGCUUAUUCGAGACCAAUGGCAGCACGUGGAGCUCUCUGACAGUACCUCCCACAUUAUUACCGACGCCUACGCUGGGAAAGAGUACAUCAUCCAACUGGCGGCCAAGGACAUGGAGACCGGCACCUGGAGCGACUGGAGCGUGGCAGUUCACGCCACCCCCUGGAUGGAAGAACCCAAGCCCAUUACCUCCACCACUGAGAGCGACAUUAUCCCAGAAACCACCCCGGGACCACCCUCAGCUGCACCGCGAGCGGGUGAGCCCAUAGCGGCCUGCUCCACGCUUCUUUGGUCAACCCACCUGCUCUUGGCCUGUGUACUGCUGUCCAUCAUGUGAUGUGUAAGCGUCAUUCCUGUGGAAAAACGAGGAGUCUACUAUUUCUAUUUUGCACAUGUUAAUAGAUAUCGUGCAUUGAUAAUUUAAUUGAAGUUCUUUUUCUCACAAAAGAAAAAACUAGAAAGAUUAAUAAAUGGUGACAUUUACAUAAGCAAGACAAAAGAAUAAUGGAAUAUUUCAACAUCACUGAUGAUGAGAGCUUAUGGGAGACGGAACAGAUACAGACACAGGAACUGAACCCCAGGGAAGCAAAAGAUUUGGGGUACGCGAGAUUCACCUGCCUGGCAGCACAACAAACGAACGAACGAACAAAAGAGAAAAAAACAUUUUACCCUCCUUCUUAUUCGUCAUACAAAAUUUUCCACUCCAUUCAGUUCUUCAAACUGUUCCAGAGACAGAAAAAACGUGUUUUGUUUAACAUCGAUUCCCGCAACAUACAGCUAAUUCAUCAUGCCAAAGACUCGGACUGUUUUUUUUCCCAUAAUCCCUAACUUCCCCAAACCUGUGUCUGUAAGGGAUUGGAGCUGGCAGUACAACAUCUUCACAUACUUCAAAGACUGAGGAGUAAGAAAUUAAGCUUGAAGGCCAUUAUUUGAUAUGUGUUUCUUUACUUUGUUCUCAAUUUUACUUUUAUCAUUUUUGGCCCCUGAACACAGAGAAGUUGAGACUGUAAAUAUAAAUUGGUUUGGACUGUUCUGGACGGCCUUUUGUAAACAGAAAGAACAGUGUGUUGUGUCAGACCAUCUAAAAAUUAAGCACCGUGCUGAACCAUGUUUUCGCUCUCCAACUAUCUGAUUAUUACUGACUUUUCUAGUCAACAUCACGAUUUAAUACUACCUUAUUCAAGGUAUUUUGUAUCAUUAAAUAAAAUAUAAUUUUAGAACUUUAGUUUUUGUUUGUUUGUGUUAGUUUGUUUUUUCAAACCUUCAUAACUGCUUAAUUCUCUUUGACCAUAUUUUGUAAACUAUGAUAUGUAUCUUUAACAUGAGAAAGUUUAUUAUUUAAUAAUGUAUGUAUUAGCUUUAGAUUCUUGUAACCUGUA